AUGACUUUACAUACCCCUCACAGAGAACCCAAGGUAUACCUCACCACCCACCUCACCACCACCUCACCACCCACCUCACCACCCAACUUACCACCCACCCAACCACCCAACUUACCCACCCACCACCCAUCUCACCACCCAGCUUACCACCUACUCGGACCUUGCACCACCCACCUCACCAUCUCAACUCGGACACCUCACCAUCCCAACUCGGACACGGCACCACCCACCUCACCAUCUCAACUCCACACCACCCACUUCACCAUCUCUCACAUCGAUUUCCCUCACCAUCUCGUCGGCGACCAAACACCCAUGAAGAUGACUUCAAACAUUCGCAAAGACACCCUUCCAGUCCUCAACACAACCAUUCCAGCCCCACCACCCAUUACCCUACCUGGACCGACCCUCGACUCGAUGAAUAACUACGUCAAAGCCUUUGCACCACCUCAUGGAUACCUUAUCUCAAUAGGCCGAUCAUCCCUAGUUCAAAAGCCUUUCUGUAAUUAUAGGAGCCACCGUGGCGGGUUACCAGAAGCUUCCAAGGAUCCGACAAAGGAAUCGAAGUCUCUCAAGAUGGAAUGUCCAUUCAAUCUCAAGGCUCGAUAUUCACCAAGCACACAGAUGUGGACACUUUCACACAUUGUAACAAAUCACAACCACGAUCCCAAUUUUGAUAUCCAACGUCAGCCAACGGCACAAACGUCUUCCAAUCCAUCCGAAAUCGACGUCAACACUUUUCUCAGAUCACUUGGCUCAAAGAUCAAAGCUUAA